GACAGAAGCACAGCUCAGUUGAACUUCAACCUGCAAGCCUUCAUCAUGCGACAAACCCUUCCAACAUGAAUAAUGAACAGUUUCGACGCCUUCUGGGGGUUGAUUCCCCCAAGCCCAGUCAAGGCACCACUUCCAAGACUAGCCCGUCGUUUGGUUCCGGCAGUGCAACACCGGGAGCACUGGGAUCGCGACAGAGGGCCAGCAUACCAAUGACACCACGCUCCAUAGGCACCGGCCAAUCCGACUUCCUCCGCCAACUCGCAGCGCGGGACCGAGCGACCCGACAGCAAAAACAAUUCAAGACGUCCGCGCCCAAGGGCUCCCGCCUGGCCCAGGGCUACGUCGACCGCGCGAAAGAACGAGAAAAAGAAGCGGAAGACGAGCGAGCAAGGAGGGUCCAAGCGCUGGAAGAACUCCUCAAGGCGGGGGACAUCGACCGGGAGACGUUCGACAAGCAAGUGGACGAGAUUGCCGGAGGGGACCUGUCGAGCACGCACUUGGUCAAGGGACUAGACCGCAAACUACUGGAGAGGAUACGCAAGGGCGAAGAUGUGUUCGGGAACGGCAGCAGCAGCAGCAGCACCGGCGACAACAAGGAUGGCGAGCCCGAACCCGAGCCUGAAGAGGAGGAGCCUCCGCCCGACGUGGACGAGGAGCUCGACCUGGUGGCCCAGCGAGACGUGCAGGCCGUCACCAAGGAGAAGACGGAGAAGAAGAAGAAGGGACAAUUAGCACUGGCUGCCCUGGCACCGGGUAAGCAACGAACACGCGACCAGAUCAUCGCCCAGAUGAAGGCGGCACGGGAAGCGGCCAAGGCGGCGAAAGAGUCAGGCCUCGGCGACAAGUUCCGUAAGAUCGGCGCCAAGCAGAAAGCGGGGACCAGGAUCGAGAGGGACGGCAAGGGUCGCGAAGUGCUGAUCAUCGUGGACGAAGACGGGCACGAAAAGCGCAUGGUCCGCAAGGUGCGAACACAAGCGCAGGGGGAGGAAGGGGACGACACCGAACGACGACGGGAGGUCAUGAUGCCUCGCAAUAAGGCCAAGCCUCUCGGUAUGGAAGUGCCGGAGUUCUAUAGGAAGCAACAAGAGGCGGCGGCGGCGGCGGCGGCGGGAGAAGAGGACAAAGAAGACAUCUUCUCGGACGCGGGGGAUGACUACGACCCGCUGGCCGGGGUAGACUCGGAUUCGGACUCGGACUCGGAUGAUGAGGAGAAGGAGAAGGCGGAAAAAGCGAAGGAGGCAAGCACCAAGGACAAGACGGGCAAGGGUGAGCACGAGGGCGAAGGCGAGGCGGAAGACACAUCGAAAGAAGGGAUGCUGCCUCCACCCAAACCAUCAACGACCAAAGACUACUUCAAAGGAUCCAGGACGGAGCUAUUAUCGGCACACAAGCGGGACGCCCCGUCCCUAUCCGAUCCAGCCAUCCAAGCAGCAUUCAAAAAGGCAGCGCAACUCAGCGCGGCGCGGGAAAAGAGGAAAGCGACCGAAGACGAAGGCGAAGACGAAAUCGACGAAGAGGAGGCGCGGAAACGGGCAGAGCGGCGGCGGAAGAUGCUCGAGUCGGCGAGGCGCGAUGACGAGGACCUGGAUCUCGGGUUUGGAACGAGCCGGCUGGAGGACGAGGAGGAUUUUGACGAGUCCAAGGUGAAACUGUCGGAAUGGGGACAGGACGAUGAUGACGACGAGGGAGGAGGGACAAAGGGCGGCAAGACCAAGCGGAAGAGGGGUCCGAAGAGGAGGAAGGGCGACGUUAACAAUGCGGAGGAUGUAUUGCGAGUCAUGGAGCAGCGGAAGCGUUCGUCGUAGACUUGACAGGGCUCAGACAGGUCUAAUGGACUCGACUGAUGAACAACGAACCGAGUUGUCGCCUGGUUUUGUUUUGUCGUCUUGUUACUACGACUACUCGAUUCUCUGCUGUCCCCUUUUUUCCCCCUUUUUUCCCUUUCCCCCUUUCCCCC